GCCGCCGCCGCCUCCUCCUCCGCCGCUGCCGCCAUGAAGCGGAAGACCUCGGCGGCGGGCGGGCGGCGAAACUCGGCCCCGGCCAGCCUGCCCGACACGCCGCCGCCGCCGGCCGUCAAGAAGACGCGCAGCUCGGCCACGCUGCCCGCCGUCCUGGAGGCGGACGAGCCGGCGCCGCGGCCCCUCCGGAGAGAGCUCUACCUGCAGAUCACAGAUCGUGUUUAUUUUGCCAUUCUCUUCCACAAACCAAAGAGUGGUAGCUCAAGCACACAUUAUUUCUGCGUAGAUGAUGAAUUUGUGUAUGAGAAUUUCUAUGCAGAUUUUGGCCCACUCAAUCUGGCAAUGAUUUACAGAUACUGUUGCAAGCUAAAUAAAAAAUUGAAGUCCUUUACCAUGUUAAGAAAGAAGAUUGUUCAUUAUACUGGCUUUGAUCAGAAAAAGCAAGUCAACGCAGCCUUCCUCAUAGGCUGUUACGCAAUAAUAUAUCUGAGGGAAUCUCCAGAAAACAUAUACAGGCAUUUAGUGUCUGAAAAUGUGACAUAUCUUCCUUUCAGGGAUGCUGCGUUUGGUACCUGCAGUUUUCAUCUAACGCUGCUCGACUGCUUUCAGGCGGUAAAUAAGGCUUUGCGGUAUGGCUUCCUUGAUUUCAAUUCAUUUGAUGUAGAUGAAUAUGAACACUAUGAGAGGGCUGAAAAUGGAGACUUUAACUGGAUAAUACCAAAAAAAUUCAUUGCCUUCAGUGGCCCACACUCAAGAAGUAAAAUUGAAAAUGGUUACCCACAUCACGCCCCCGAGGCCUAUUUUCCCUACUUCAGAAGACAUAAUGUUACCACUAUAAUCCGUCUAAACAAGAGAGUGUAUGAUGCAAGGAGAUUUAAAGAUGCAGGGUUUGAGCAUUAUGAACUCUUCUUUGCUGAUGGAAGUAUACCUAAUGAUGCCAUCAUCAGAACAUUCCUAAGUAUUUGUGAAAACGCUGAAGGUGCUAUAGCAGUUCAUUGCAAAGCUGGACUUGGCAGAACUGGCACACUUAUAGCCUGUUACAUUAUGAAGCAUUACAGGAUGACUGCUGCUGAAGCGAUUGCCUGGAUUCGAAUCUGCAGACCUGGCUCUGUGAUUGGAGCACAGCAGCACUUCCUGUUAGAGAAACAGUCAGAACUUUGGUUGGAAGGUGAUAUUCUCCGUGCAAAGCUAAGGAAGACUGCAAAAUACACUGUUACGAAAAUUCUUUCAGGAGUAGAUGACAUUUCAAUUCAUGAUUCCAAAAGUCAGAUUGGCAGCAGUAAAGAUUCUGAACCGUACAGUGAUGAUGAAGAAGAAAUGCACUCAGUUACGCAAGGAGAUAAGCUUCGUGCCCUGAAAAGUAAACAGCAGUCAAAAGGAAACUCAGUUCCACUAACGGUAAUUCUACAGUCCAGUGUUCAGAAAAGUAAACAGCCUGAAACUAGCAAUUCUGACAGCAAUUCAGGCCAUUCUAAAAGAACAACCAGGUCUACUGCAAGAAAAGGCAGUUUUAAAAGUCUGGUGCCCCAGAGGGAAAGGAGGAAAAGGGAUGCUUCACAACAAAUGCGCUUAUGCAGUGCUCCCAAACCAAGAACCAGAACUGUGUUGCGUUAAAAGCAAUCAGAGUGGAAGAGGAUGCAAAGGAAACAAAAGGACAUGGCUGCCAAUUAAAACAAUUGGAAGAAACUUUUUUGUAUAUAUAAAAAAAGCAGUGGUCUAUUUUUUAUAUUUAGUUGGAAGACGUUUUAGUUUUGUGAAGAGAACUUUUGUGUGAGGACCCUAAAUUACUGUAAACUGUACCAUUUUUACUAUUAAUGCUAGGAAAUUAUUCCCAAAUAUAAAAAGCAGCGUGUAAAUUUUA